GGAUAAAGGGGUUUAAAAACCAAACGCUCCUGUGUCCUGUGGGGGGGGGGGUCGUUAGGGUGCACUUGGUUAAUAUCUCAUCACCUCUAGAGUUCACACAGAGAGGUCAGUUAAUGAUUGAGGGUCUGCUGGUCACUUAUUGACUGAGGACACUUUUUAACUGGAGUGUCAGAGACAGACAGUCUCUACUGUCACUCUACUGUGUCUCUACUGGGUUUGAUCUCACGGCCAGAGGACAGAGAGGACAGAGAGUACAGAGGGGACACAGGAUGUUCUUCUACCAGUCUUUACUCUUUCUUCACUGCGACUGACUCCAUCUUUUCUUUCUCAUCCUAAACUUAAAUAGUUUUUCACUUCUUCUUACCUCAGCUUCUCAGCUCUCCUGACUCCGCCUGGACACCUGACAUGGAGGAGUCAUACUGCAGAGACACAGAGCUUUAAGUCUGGUCCACACCCAACAGACGCCUGACAUACCAUCAGCUUUUUCCUCUGCAGACAAUCAGAGCUGAGGCAGCAGACGAGGACAGAGGAGGACUGUUUUUUGGGACCUGAACUUUAAGAUUAAUAUCGGAACCAGAGACCGGCUCAGGGGCAUCUGCUUCAGCUGGCAGCUGCAGCAAUGGUUGAUGGGAAGCGGCGGAGCGGCACGGUGCCACCUCUGGAUGGAGGGUGGGGCUGGGUGAUCGUCGGCUGCUGCUUCAUGGUGACGGUCUGCACACGGGCUGUAACCAGGUGUAUCUCCGUCUUCUUCGUGGAGUUUCAGUCUCAUUUUGAAGCCGACUAUGCAGCGACAGCGUGGAUCCACAGCCUGGUGGACUGCACCACCAUGCUCUGUGCUCCUGUGGGAAGCCUGGUUGGUAACCGUUGGUCCUGCCGGGUGGCUGUGAUGCUCGGUGGGCUCCUCUCCUCCUGUGGGCUCCUCCUCAGCUCCUUCACCACAAACCUGGAGCUCCUCUACUUCACCAUGGGAAUCCUGACAGGUCUGGGCUUCGCUCUCUGUUACACUCCCGCCAUCUACAUGGUGGGCUGUUAUUUCCACCAACGGAAGGCACUGGCGUACGGCAUCGCAAUGUCGGGCAGUGGGAUUGGCACCUUCGUUCUGGCGCCAGCGGUGCAGCUGCUCAUCGAGCUGUACUCGUGGAGGGGGGCGCUGCUUGUCCUCAGCGCCUUUGUAGCCAAUCUCUGUGUCUGCGGGGCGCUGCUCCGACCAAUCACAUUGCAGGAGGGCGGGGAGGAGGUGGACGGAGAGGAGGGGGAGUCAGUGGGGGAGGAGAAACCUGGUAACAUCUUGUUGCAGGACGCCGAGCUCGCUGUAAAACUUAAAGAAUCAGACGACAGCCUCAAGUCAUCAUCGCCUUCAUCUCUGCCCCUGCCCCUGCUGUCGGGAAACCCCGCCCCUAAGCUGCAGAGGAGGCGGUGCUUUAGCUUCUGCUUCUUGUCCAGUCAGGAGUACCGCUUUCUGCUACUGCCAGACUUCCUGGGCCUGGCUGUGUCGUUCCUGUUCCUGGCCAGCGGCUGCAGCCUCCCCUUUGUCUACCUGGUGCCGUGCGCUCUGAACAGCGGCGUCAGCCACCAUCAGGCCGCCUUCCUCAUGUCCAUCCUGGGAGUGAUCGACAUCAUGGGGAACAUAACCUUCGGCUGGUUGACGGACAGGAGGUGUUUGAAGCCAUACCGUCUGGCGUGUUACAUCUUUGCGGUGGGGAUGGAGGGUCUCUGCUGCCUCUUCAUGCCGUUGCUCCGGUCCUUCCCGCUCCUUGUGCCCUUUGCCGUCCUCUACGGUUACUUUGAUGGCGCCUACGUUGCACUGAUCCCCGUGGUGACAUCGGACGUGGUGGGAUCUCAGUACCUGUCCUCAGCACUGGGCGUUGUCUACUUCCUCCAUGCCAUCCCCUACCUCAUCAGCCCACCAGUUGGAGGUUGGCUGGUUGACAUCACAGGAAGUUACACUGCCACCUUCUUCCUCAGCGGCACCGCCCUGCUGGCCAGCGCGAUCGUUCUUUUCACAGUUGCUGGAAUCCGCCGCUGCCACUCCACCGCUGCUGUAGUCGUCACCACGGACAUGAAGCACGAGCCCCUCCCUCUCCCCGACCCAUCAGACUGCUUCGUUGCCUUUGAUAAGGAAGCGGUCAAUCAGGCCGUCAUCUCAUAACCUCAGAGGAAACAACCAAUCUGAUUCAUCGACACCACAGAUUGUGGUCUGGCCGAGGCAGGCUUCAAUCAAAUGCUUUACUUUUUUAUUUUAUUUUUUUUUAUUUUAUAUACUUUAUUAAUCCCCGAGGGGAAAUUCAAUUACAGAAAGUGGAUUUAUUUAGAGUCUGCUGAAGGACAGAUUUCAAUGCAAGAAUCAACACUGACAAAUUUUAUAUGUGCUUCUUAAAGUCAAGGAACAAUCCUUAAACGGCUACAUUUCAAGGAUGCUGCUGAAGGACUUUUCAGAUGUCUAAGAUCCUUUGAAUUCUACCAAGAACUGAGUCCUUCUUUCAGAAAGUUCUCAGGGAUGCCUGUAUCUAUCCUCAGGCUCUUAAAGCGCCCACAAUCCUCUGUGCACAAUGAGUCAGUCCUAUCGUCGGAAUUGGAAACAAGGAAAACAUGCUGUAAACUUUCAGUUAAAUCUGCUUAGCAGUCCCACAGAAUCUGUCUCUGAACAAAUCGGAGGCGAGUAAUCUUCAUUCAUUAGAUCUAGAAGGCCAGGUUCAAAACUUUGUUCUGACUUUCGUAAGGCGAAGAAUGAGAGCAAAGUGACAGCGCUGCUGACAGUUCUGUAUGCAGUUAUUAGUACCUUUGGUAAGGAUGGGCAUUUUAAGUAACUUCCAUACUAGAGUACCUUCAUUACAUUAUGAUAGAGUACUUGAUUACUUGCAAAGACAAAAAAAUCUAAAGCAAGAAAUAUGAAUGUUAAUUAGCCAACAACGUAGUGCAAUCUGAAAUUCAUUUAUCGAGUGACCAGGCGCUAAUUUGCCUGUUAAGCCAUAAAUUCAAAGUAAAAAAAAAAUCAACAAACUCUCCAGAGUCCAGAGUUGCUCUCCUCCUGGUGACUUCGACAGCUGCCUGGUUAGCACAAGCUAACAUCCGACAUCGAGCUGUUUAACAUCACCAAUCUCAAAACAUUACUUAAUGUUACGGCCCAGACACACCAAACCCACUUGAGAGAAUCAACAUGGAUAAAGGCCCCCUGCUGUGUCGCCCGACAUCGCUGCGUCUUGGACAAACAAGUUGCGCUUGAACACAACACAAAGACACAGCUGACGGCCAACCUGCAUGCACGUUCGGCGCCUGCAUGAGAGGAAAUAACUCUCCACAGCAGCAGACAGUGGUCGUCUGUAUUCAUCAUUCAAAAAGGGAAACAGGACGACUGUCUUGAUGCUAGUUAGCCAGUUAGCACGUGUGCCAGUGAACAAUAACACAAACCGCAAGGAAAGGUUUCUUUUUAAGAGAAAAAUAAUCUGACCUUAUGGAACAAGUUGGUUUUGGUCUCACUCCCUCUGGACUUUAGCUCCUCCUUUACUCACUUCCUGUCUGUUCUCCUGUGCUGCGCUGAACUGCCAGUCAGAGUUGUUUCACUCACAGACGGGCUCCACCGACACUGAUUCUUUAACCCCUGAGCCAACAAGGGCCGAUGAGGGCCAACGGUGUUAAACACACCCAACUGACUAGGGUGACGGAUGCUCACCAACGGCCAACCAUCUGCUUGGUGUGUUAGGGCCUUAAGCCGUGUGAUGCUAACAAUUAGCAUCACAAGGCCAACAGGCCCCCCGGUGGAGAGCUCACACUCCUGCAGCAGUAAUCUCAUGUUAAACAAAGAGAGAGCGCCAGCGGGGCAAAAAGGUGCCGCAGCUCUACAGUGAAAUAAGAUCUCACCUUUUAAAUAUUAAAAAAAAAAAAAAGUCAUGUUCACACGUGGGAGGUUGGGCAAGGAUUACGUUGAAUGAUGUCCAAAUUAAGUAUUCAUGCCCAUCCCUAAUUUUCAGCGUCCUAAAUUUGUCACCUUAAAUGCAUCCAAAACAAAACAUGUUAACGCCAUCAUAAAUUGCUAUUAAUUAGCGAGACAACGUAGGCUAACUGAAGCUCUCGUUGUAUAGGCCAAAUUUGUUAGUCAAAAUACUGUCACCAUCUUCAGACUAUUCAACGAAAUAGUUCAAGGGCACAAUUAGCAAUAUGGCGUCUAGUUCUUCUGCUGAUUCUGAAAUGAAAGCACAGGACUUUUUCGGUGACGCUCACCUGCGCACUCAGUAAACUGUUCUCUGAAUAUUAGGAGAGAGGACCUGAUAUCGAAAGACUCGUCCUACCAAAGAAGCCUCCUUGACUUUGAGAAGCACCUUUUGUUUUUAAAGAGAAACCCAAAACUCCAACUUCCUGUCUGGAAGAAGUGCCUUUCAUUGUUUAUUUUUGUUUGUUUUUAUGCCUCGUCCUCAGAAAGAAGGUUUAACAGACUGAGUUUAACCCUGAACUCUGAUACGACGAAUCCUGAGAUGAUGUAUUCUGAUCUGAGGGCGACUUGAUGCUACUUUUUAAUGUGAGGGCGAAAAAAUGCUAUUCACAGAAAUGACUGACGCACAAACUUUAGAUAAUCUUGAGCAGUACCUUGAUUCUGACGCACAACAAACCUCUACUAAUUAAUGGGACGCAAACAUUAGCCGGCGAGGGAACGGGCAACUCAAAGCGAGUCCUUUUUUCAGGAGGACUCGGUUUGCGCACAAAUAUGAAGUUGAAUAUGUUUGAGCCUGAGAGCUGAAACCCUUUAAAGAAACAUCUUUGUUUUCGAGUCACUCACUGGUUGAAUGAUUGAGCAGAAGCUCCACCAAACUCCAAAGAUAAAAAAUGGAUUUAGCGUUAAGUUAUUGUUUCAAGCAGCUUUAUUCAGGGAAAACAAAACACAGCAAUAACAGAUUUGUGUUUGAUGGUUGACUGAAAUGUGUUCACAUCAAUACAUAUCAAAGGCUGUCACGUAAUAUUACAGAGCUGAAACCAUUAGCCGAUUGAUCAGCUGACAAUCACCAUCUACUGUCAUAUUUUUGAUUAACCGUUUUUCAUUGUUUGCAUGUUAACACUAUGAGGUCAUCGACAAAACAGAAGUUUGAAUCUUUUCAUUCUUCUUUUGGGGCCAAAACUGUUUCAGAUGUAAAUAUUACAUUUGAUGUCUGAAUUAUUCUGUUUUUACCUCUGUAUAAAUGGUCAGUAUUGAAAGAAACAUCACAAACAUUUUAACAGUAUAUUAUUUUUUUUGUAAUUAAUUUCUGUUUGUUUGAACUGUAGCUGGACUUUUGGAAAUAUGCCAUGUUUCAGAUGUGCUAUUUAGCUUAGAUAUUCCGACACUGCCUUCUGUGUUGACUCAGGUUUGUUGGACUAUUUUCAGGUUUUUUUGUUUAGUUUGAAAAUGACACUGAAACAUAUCACAUGUUCUGGACUCAGGGCUGAAGAAGUGUCGUGUGGUCUGGUUUAGGUUUGUCUCAUGGAGUCACACUAAUGUAAUGAUUAAGAAAUCACUAGUAACGCUGUGGAGUAUUUCUCAUGUGCCUCUGAAAAUGGCUGCAUGCCGACGCCGUCACCAUCCAUCCAUCCAUCCAUCCAUCCAUCCAUCCGCUUAUCCGAAGCCGGGUCUUGGGGGCAGCAGGCUGAGCAAAGCACCCCAGACGUCCCUCUCCCCAGCAACACUUCCCAACUCCUCCAGCAGGACCCCGAGGUCUGCCCCAGGGCCUCCCACCAGCUGGACCAGGAGGAUCCUGAUCAGAUGUUGAACCACCUCAACACGAAGGAGCAGCGGCUCUACUCUGAGCUCCCUCCAGAUGUCUGACUCCUCCCCCUAUCUCUAAGGCUGAGCCCAGACACCUUACAGAGGAAACUCAUUUCAGACGCUUGUAUCUGUGAUCUCAUUCUUUCAGUCACUACCCAGAGCUCAUGACCAUAGGUGAGGGUUGGGACGGAGAUUGACCAGUAUAUCAGCUCCCUCUGAACCACGACGGUCCCCGAUCCAUCUCACACUCCAUUCUACCCUCACUCAUGAACAAGACCCAGAGGUACAUGAACUCCUUCCCUUGGAGCAGUACCUCACUCCCAACCCAGGUGUUUGAAAUGUUUCCGCCCCCUGACGUACAGAAACUACAGAGACUAAAAGACCAGGUCCAUGCAGGGACGGGAUGUGACUAGUCUGUCGGCAGAAGACAAAAACCUGAUGCAGCGGAAUAAUCGUCAGAUAUACAGGAAAUAAAACGAUGUCUCUACGUGUCAGAUGUCAACGCGAGUCUCAACAGUUCCAGACUUGUUCCCAAGAGUUUGUUACGACAGCAGCUAACCUGGUUUAUCCUCUCAGCGCACAAAAGCCACAGAGCAGCGACAGAAGCUGCUGCUCUUCAGUAGGAUAAUAACAUUUUACCUUAAAGUUCUUACAAACAUAAUUUCAUUAAAAAAAUGAAGAGUUUUGUUUUCAUCUUUGUUGUUAAUGUUGAUGGAUUAAAGGGACGUUCAGUCAAACCAUG